AAUAACCGACGGAGUGCGUGUUUGUGUGUAGGUUUUCGCCGGAGAGAAGAGUAGAAGAUGGCGGUUGCGGUGGCGUUGCGACGCUUGAUCUUCGUGACGACAAUAUUCGUCGCUUUAUCGUUAGCUCAUUCAAUUCAUGACAAAUGCAGAGCUUGCAAUGCCGUAGCUGAGGAGCUGGAACUUGAACUGAUGAAGGAGAAACCAAAAAACCAUCUGGAUAUGAGACAUCGAUUGGACUCCAAAGGUCAACGUCAAGGAAAAGUGAUAGAUUACAAAGUCAGUGAACUGAGAGUGGUUGACCUCCUGGAUGGGCUUUGCGAUAAGAUGCAAGACUACACUCUUCAGAAGGUGGAUUCAACUAAAAAAAUAUGGAUGAAAGUGGAUGAUUGGGAUAACAUCACUAGCAAUAAGCAAGAGUCGCGUGCUUACUCAAAGGAGAUAUCAUCUUAUUGUGGAAGAUUACUCGAGGAAACCGAAGAUGAGUUGGCAGACUUGAUAAAGAAAGGAUCGGUUAAAGUAGGAGAAGUGAGCAAAGUUUUAUGUCACGACCUUAGCAAACACUGCAACUCGUCAACAAGUCAUGACCAUGAGUCAAGUCAUGAUGAAGAUGAUGAAAUUCAUGGAGAACUUUGAGAACCUGUGAUCAUUGAACUGUAAUGCGAACUGCUUGUGAGAGGCGAAACCAAAGAACACUUACGAAUUCCAAGCCACAGUGUGUAAGCUUUGAAUCCAUAGUACGAGUUCAAUAUAUGAACAAUUUAGACCGAAAAGAGUUUUACAUCUUUGUAAUAUUUGUGUUUCAGUUAGUUAAUCUAAUCCCUUAAUCUAAAUUUGGUGCUUAA